AUGUGGACGAGCGAGCAGCAAUGUAAUAAUCACCAAGUGAGACGCGUGUCCACCGUGCCUGUGGAGUACUCGACACCUACUCCUCCGGAAUCCGACGAUUUCUCAUCGGAAAUCGAUCGGCUUAAGGCUCUCCGAUCGAAACUAGACGUUUCCAAGGACCUGCGGAGGAAGGAAUCGGUCAUCGACGCUGAUUCCAGAGUUCGCCGAUUCUUCAGCGAGAAUCGAGGCGGUUUAUCUAAGGUUUUAGCUUCAUUUGGUUUAAAUUCGAAAGAGAUGUUUCUCGUCAAGUGUGUGAUCGCGGCGGGGCAAGAACACGCGCUCUAUGUGGGAUAUGAGGAAACAUUUGAAGAAGAAGAAGAGGAGUAUACAGUGAGAAGCUCGGUGAAGAACGCGCUUUACGCGUUGGUUGAAAUGAUAGAGCGAUUCGAUGUGAAUAGUAGCGGCUAUAAAGGUAGAAGAGAGAUGGGUACAGUUUUAAACGCAGAGGAUAUUUCUCACUUUAGAAAGUUCCUGACGUUUCUGGGAGAAAUCGAACAGUUCUACGACUGCAUUGGAGGAAUCAUCGGGUAUCAGGUUAUGGUUCUUGAGCUUCUUCAUCAAUCGACGAAGAGGCAUAAUACUAACCGGUCACAUCUUGUUGAAGAAUCUUUUGGUUGCCAGUACUUAGAAAUGCACACUCCUAGCGUUCUUGACCUCACUCAAGAGAAAGAGUAUGCCUCCCAGGCUGCACUGUGGGGAAUUGAGGGAUUGCCAGACUUAGGUGAAAUAUAUCCCCUAGGAGGUGCAGCAGACAGAUUAGGUUUGGUUGAUCCGGAAACAGGAGAAUGCCUUCCUGCAGCAAUGCUUACUCAUUGUGGACGAACUUUGCUGGAGGGACUUAUUAGAGACCUUCAGCCUCUCGUCCCAGCUGUCAGUGCUGAAGAUGGUCAGUGGAUAGUAUCAAAGCCUUUUGUGCCAGUUAGUAAACCUGGUGGUCAUGGUGUAAUUUGGAAAUUGGCGUAUGACAAAGGUGUCUUUAAGUGGUUUAACGAUCAUGGAAGAAAAGGUGCAACUGUUCGCCAAGUUAGUAACGUUGUGGCUGCUACAGAUGUGACUCUGUUGGCCCUUGCUGGGAUUGGUUUAAGGCAUAAGAAGAAACUUGGCUUUGCAUCCUGUAAACGGAAUACUGGAGCAACUGAAGGAAUUAAUGUAUUGAUGGAGAAGAGGAAUCUGGAUGGGAAGUGGGAAUAUGGUAUAUCGUGCAUCGAGUACACCGAAUUUUAUAAAUUCGGAAUUUCGAAUAAAUCACCUUCCUCAAGCAGUUUGCAGGCUGAUUUCCCUGCAAAUACAAACAUUCUGUAUGUAGACUUACAUUCUGCGGAGUUAAUUGGGUCGAGCAGUAAUGUAAAAAGUUUGCCAAAUAUGGUUCUCAAUACAAAGAAGCGAAUUGAGUACAUAGAUCAGUACGGAGACUAUCACAGCGUUAUGGGUGGUAGAUUGGAGUGCACGAUGCAAAACAUAGCAGACAAUUUCUCAAAUGAGUUUCCGUCUAGAUGCCAGGGCAGUCUAGAAGACAAACUGGAUACAUAUAUUGUGUACAACGAACGAAGAAGGGUCACUUCAUCAGCUAAGAAGAAGAAACCACAUGCAAGUGCUGCACUACACCAGACUCCAGAUGGUGCACUGUUGGAUAUACUACGGAAUGCAUAUGACCUCCUUACGGAAUGUGAUAUUAAACUUCCCAUGAUUGAACCUAAUGAUAAAUAUGUGGAUUCCCCACCUCCGUAUCUCAUCCUUCUGCAUCCUGCUCUCGGUCCUCUUUGGGAAGUUUCAAGACAGAAAUUCAAGGGAGGAUCAAUUUCGAGUUCCUCAGAACUGCAACUAGAGGUUGCAGAGUUCUCAUGGAACAAUGUUCAGGUUGAUGGUAGCCUGAUCAUCACUGCUGAAAAUCCCAUGGGUUCAACAACAAUUAGCGAAAACGGCGAACCAAUAUUACAAUACGGACUAAGAUGUGGCAAGUGUAAACUGCAUAACGUGAAGGUAGUGAACCGAGGAAUCGAUUGGAACAGUAAAUCAAAUGUUUACUGGAGAAACGAUGUGAACCGGCUUGAGACUUGUAAAAUCAUAUUGCACGGUAAUGCAGAAUUCGAAGCCAGCAAUGUAACUAUAGAGGGAAACCAUGUUUUUGAAGUGCCUGACGGUCACAGACUAAAGAUCACCACACGAGAUUUAGGUUUAAACAUCGACCUGGAAGCAAUGAAAGAAGAGGAAAUGGAAACAGGAAGCUGGUACUGGAACUACCAACUCAAUGGAUCCCACAUUCAUCUUGAACAAGUGGAGGUUUCACAAAACUAACUCCCAUCCAGUAAUUGGGAGCUAGGCCUCCCAAAGUAGAAAGUUUCACGUAAUAUAUGUUGCAAAUAAAAGUAGAAAGUGUCCUUGCUGUAAAUGUUGCCUGCCCCCACUUGUAAAUUAAACAAAAUGGUUCACCAUCUAUCUAUCUGAUGUUUCUUCUUUCAAAGCUUGAGAAUCUUAAAAAAUCACAGGUAGAAGAAUUCAUCAUAAUUGCACAUGAAUGCUUGAUUUUAGAAGCCACCAAUAAAUACAGUGUUUACAUUUACAUUCAGGAACAUUAUCAAUUUUCAACAACUUAUGUCUCUUAUCACUUACUGUUUUGCUCUCUGUAACAUAACAAUGGUGAUAGAUCGUCUUCUUAAGAAUCAACAAUCAACAAUCAUUGUUUCAUCACAUUAUUAGUCUCAUGAAAAUCACGCAAAGCAUUGCCCAUUCUCAAGCCUCUCACAGACAUCUCUCUCAAAACCAACUUGGCUUCCUUAAACCUCUUCCUCUUCAAAAGCUUACUAGCCAAACUCCCCAAAUUCUCUUCAUCCAACCUCUUAUCUUUCCCGGCGUACGCCAUCACCAACUCCACUCCCAGCGCAUAAUAGCCGCUCUCGAUCAUCUCUCCGAUAACGUGCGCAUGAGUGGCGUACAAAACCGGUAACCCUUCGUCCUCCAUCCUCCUCAGAAUCGCCAUCGCAGCCUCCACUUUCCCCGACUUGCACGCGCCCAACACUAGCGCGUCGUAGGUACGCGUGUCCGGCGACAUCUUUUCCUCCUCCAUCUUCCUCAACACCUUGCUCGCCUCCGCCACGUCACCGUCGUAGCAGUGCGAGGUUAAAAAGUAAUUGUACGACGUCACGUCCACCGGAAUCCCUUGACGUUUCAUCGAUUCCACCACGCGCCAAGCUUCGUCGACCUUGUUUUUCUUCGUGAGCGCGUUUAUGAUCGGGUGGAAUGUGCAAGAUGUGAGGCCGCAUCUCCCAUUUGCCAUAUCGCCGAUCAGGAUCAGAGCGUCGUCGGUCCGGCCGAGUUUGCAGAGACGCGCGAUGAGAGUUUCGUAGGCGUGCUUCCGCGUGUAACCGGCGUCCGUCUGUGGUAAAAUGCGGCGGAGAUCUUCGAGCGCGGAGGAGUACGAAUCGGUGUUGGUCAGGAAUUUGAAAGUUGCGGUGGUGUUGAAACAAGCGUUUACGACGCGGAUGUUUAGGAGACGGCGAACGGAUUCGAAAUCGCCGGAGCUUCCUGCUUCGUAGAUGAGGUUGUCGAACUCAGUGGUAGUACGACGACCAGAAGGAGCAAUUGGAUUGGUAUUUACGGUGGAGAUCGAUCGAAGGAGAAAUCUCGAGUUGGUUGCAUCUUUAACGAAUCGCCGGAGAAGAGACAUCGUCGAAUUUGUGAAUGAUUUUAUUUUCUAUCAUUUCUCUUCUGCAGGGUUUUAGCCAGGACAUUAAAGAAGAUGGGCUUAUUAGGCCCACAAUUAAAAAAAUAACGGAGCAAUGUUAAAAAGCCUACCUAUAUGUGUUCACUGGUGUCAUUCCUUUUCUCUAGGGCUUCUUGAAUAUAUACUUCAUCAUAUUUUGUCACUCACUGCGAAAUCGUCGAUUAGGGUUUUGUGAGAAAGAGAAGUCAUGAGGGCUAAGUGGAAGAAGAAGCGUAUGAGGAGGUUGAAGAGGAAGAGACGAAAGAUGAGACAGAGAUCUAAGUAGACAGACACAUCUAAUCUACAACUGUUUCGCUUUUUCCUUCCGCUUUUUGUUUCAUUUGCUUCGGUUUUUCUCCCUGGGUUUCACCGAAAUUUGAUACUAAUUUGUCUUGGUUUCAAGUUUUAUGGAAUACAUUUGUGGUGUUGUUGGAUUAAUCUAUUUUGAAUUAAUGAUAAGCUUUAUUAUCUCCAUAUUGCUCUAUUGCGUAUCUAGUAGUUGAUUCAAGCUAUAUAUUUGUCG